UCCACCUCUCUUAUCCUCCACAAAACCAGCUCCAAAUCCCAAAAACCAAUCUUCUCUCUCUGCCGGGUCUCUCCACUUCUGAAUCUUUCCCAUCUCAAGAACACCAUCACUUCAUGGCUCUAUCAAGUCCUCAUUUGCGGAGACUCCUCCUAAACAGCACGCCCUGGAACUCUGCCCACAAACCCACCGCCAAGAAGAGCGUAGCCGUGAAGGGAAGGGGAAUUCGAUGUUGCUCUGCAAUUGCCAUAGACGCGCCGUCGUCUCUGUCGGCCGGCGUUCAAGGCGUCCGGUUCGGUUCGACCCGGUUGCAGGGUCCCCGUGAAGAGAUGGAAGAUGAUGUUGUUGUGGUCCGGUCCGGCGAUCUCGAUGGUUUCUCCUAUGCUGCUGUUUUUGAUGGACACGCGGGGUUCUCUUCCGCCAAGUUUCUAAGGGAUGAGCUAUACAAAGAGUGUGUUAUAGCUUUACAAGGUGGCUUGCUGUUAAGUGGAAAGGAUUUCAACAACAUUAGAACAGCACUACAAGAGGCUUUUGAAAACACUGACACAAAAUUGGUAAAUUGGCUUGAAGAGAGUGGAGAGGAAGUCGAAUCAGGUUCUACUGCUACUGUUAUGUUUAUCGGAAAUGAGACACUCUUCAUCGCACACAUUGGCGACUCAUCUCUGGUUAUGUCCCGCUCUGGAAAAGCAGAAAUACUCACCAAUCCUCAUCGACCCUAUGGAAGCAAUAGAGUUUCACUUCAAGAAAUCAGGCGGAUUAGAGAAGCAGGUGGAUGGAUUGUCAAUGGAAGAAUUUGUGGAGACAUUGCAGUAUCACGUGCAUUUGGUGACAUGCGAUUCAAGACAAAAAAAAAUGAGAUGAUGCAGAAGGGGAUCGAGGAAGGGAGAUGGUCAGAAAAAUUUGUUUCUCGAAUACAAUUUCGUGGAGACCUUGUCACUGCUACCCCUGAUAUUUAUCAAGUACCUUUGGGCUCAGAUACAGAAUUUGUAAUAUUGGCAUCUGAUGGCUUAUGGGAUUACAUGAACAGCUCAGAUGCAGUUAACUUCGUUAGGAAUCAACUUCGGCAACAUGGUGAUGUUCAGUUAGCUUGUGAGGCACUUGGACGAGCAGCUCUGGACCAACGUUCACAAGAUAAUGUCAGCAUUGUAAUUGCUGAUUUGGGGCGGACAGGUUGGGAGAGUUUGCCCAUGGAGAAAGACAAUAUUGUUUACGAACUCAGCCAAGCUUUUGCAACCAUAGGUAUUGUGUCAUUAGGAAUAUGGAUGUCAUCUUUUUUCUCUUGAUGAGUUUCAAGCCUACUAAAUUUGUAUAUAAAUCCUCACAGACUUGGAACUAUUUUCUAUCUGUAUCUGUGUAGUUAAUAUACAUGUAUCACAUCUUGUUCUAUUGAUGUGUCCCAGAAAAAUCUCAGGUAAUUGUCAAUUACAUUCCUUAAGAAGUAUUGUACCAGCCA